AUGUUCUCAUCAUCAUCAGAACAAUCACUCUCCUUUGUUCAUUGUUCUUAUGAAUUUAACAAAACAAAAAACAUAGAAAAAUCUAAACGGUCACAACAAGUUCAUGAUCAGAGACAAUUUUACCUCGUGAUGAUGGAAGAAGAAGAAGAAGGUGACCUAGGAAAAGAUGAUGGUGAAACAAAAGUUGAAUUUGAUGUUUCAAUUUCAGACCCAAAAGGGAAAAAUGUUGUUGUGAAUUCUGAAACUGAGAAGAAUGGAAUUGAAGAUGAGGGAGAUGUGGAAGUGGAUAUAAUUGGGAAUUCUGGGUUCAAAGGUGUGGAGAAUAGUUGUAUGGAUUUGGCUGUUGUUGAGAGUUCCAGCUCGAGUUCUUUCGGUGAUGCGUUUGCUGGUUCUGAGUUAACUGAUUCUGACGAGGCUGAGUCGUCGUUUCGUGAUGAACGGAGUAAGGGUUUGCCUCGAUUGAGAAAGAAAAAAAUGACUGAUCAUUGGAAGAAGUUCAUCUAUCCUUUAAAGAGGCGAUGUAAAUGGUUAGAGAUGCAACUGAGGAUACUUGACUCUCAAACAAAGAAAUACGAAGAAGCAAUUGCGGCAUAUGAUCAACAAAAACAACUUCGAUUUUUGUUGCCUGCAGGAGAUGAUUUGUAUAUCAAGUCAGUACCUAGAUCUGACGGAGUUCAAAGGAAUGAAGUCAUGAUGAGAAAGAAAAGAAGGAGAGUUGAAGAAUGUGAUUUAUCAUCAUAUAUGUCUAACCAUUGUUUAUUCUCUUACUACGGUGAUGGUGAUAAUGCCAAGGAGUUCAAGUUGAAUGAUACGCGGUCUUCUGUAGAUCAUCGUACGGAUGCUGAUAAAUCCUUCCUUGAGUUCAUUGAAAAGGUUGAAGAGUUGUCGUCACAUGUUGAGAACUUGAAAGCUCGGAUUAAUACUGUCAUGAAUGAGAAUCAAGGAAAGUUCGAUUCUAUAACUCAAUCGAACAGAAUUAGGCCAUCUCAACAUAACUCUGAGCUAUCUGCAAAAGAUCACCCUUUGAUGGAUAAUCCGUUAUCAACUUGUGAAGGGAUAGCUCCUUCUACCGAAGCUGCUAAUACGACUCAGUCUGAGGUUCCAAGGGAAGCCAAAGAGGAAUCCAAGGAAUUAGUUGAGGAGCAAAAACCUAUUUCUCCAGCUCAAGCUUUGGACUCUGACAUGGUCACUGAGAAUGUUAUACCUAACGAUCGUUCUAUUAAACCGUGUUCAUCAUCAAGGUCGCCUUUCCCGAAGAACACAAGGACAGUAAGGAAGAGAUCUGGCCCUUAG